GAAAAUAUUUGAAAAAAAAAAAGGAAAAUUCCGAGGUUUCUUCUCUUCCUCACAAAAUUGACUUACAUUCUUCAUUCUUCCAUUUAAUCAAACUAAUUACUUUUUGUUCCAACUUGUCUUUCCUAAACCUUCUCUUAACCAGUCUCUAAUGGCUGCUCUUCCUAUUUUCCCCUAACCCUUACCAAAUUUGAAAAAAACCAAGGCAGGAUGGCCUUUGGGAAGCAGCCAUCUCUUCUUCCAUUCUUUGGCCUCCUGUCAUUUCUACUUCUCUUCCAUCCUAUUGCGACCACCACAACCGGUAUACGACUCAAUGUCGUUCGUAAGCCAGCACCAGAAGUACCCAUCUUCCGUGAAGCUCCAGCAUUUCGAAAUGGUGAAUCAUGUGGAUCGAUUGAGACUGACCCUAUCCAUGUCUCAAUGACCUUAGACGCAAAUUAUCUUCGAGGUACAAUGGCAGCUAUAUUAUCAAUCUUACAACAUUCAACAUGUCCUGAAAAUAUUUCAUUUCAUUUCCUUUGUGCAAGGUUUGAACCUGAACUAUUCUCUAGUCUUAGAUCAACUUUCCCUUACCUUAACUUCAAGGUUUACCGUUUCGAUUCUAACCGCGUCCGUGGUAAAAUAUCCAAGUCGAUUCGACAAGCACUAGACCAACCAUUAAACUACGCAAGAAUAUACCUGUCAGAUAUAAUACCGGUUGAUGUUAAUCGAAUUAUUUAUCUCGAUUCGGAUAUUGUAAUGGUUGAUGAUAUUGCAAAGUUAUGGAAAGUUGAUUUAGAAGGUAAAGUUGUGGCUGCACCAGAAUACUGUCACGCGAAUUUUACAAAAUAUUUCACGGACACGUUCUGGUCCGACUCAGAUUUAGCCGAGACCUUCAAGGGUAGGAAACCUUGUUAUUUUAACACAGGGGUAAUGGUGGUUGAUGUUGAGAAAUGGAGAGAAGGAGGGUACACACAAAAGGUUGAAGAUUGGAUGGGUGUUCAAAAACAAAAAAGGAUUUAUCACUUGGGUUCAUUACCGCCAUUUUUGCUUGUUCUAGCAGGUAAUAUCAAAGCUGUUGACCAUAGAUGGAACCAACAUGGACUUGGUGGUGAUAACCUUGAAGGAAAAUGUAGGAGUCUUCAUCCUGGACCUAUAAGUUUGUUGCAUUGGAGUGGGAAAGGUAAGCCAUGGUUGAGAUUGGAUUCUAGAAAACCAUGUAAUGUUGAUCAUUUGUGGGCACCAUACGAUCUCUACCGUUCAUCUAGUCUCUCGCUGGAAGAAUGAAUGAACUAAGAAACAUAGAGAUAGUUCGGGAAACAAGUUGGGGAUGGAAAAAAGAAGGAAGGAAAAGAAUGUUCAAAACAAAAAACAGGAAAAGAAAAUGUAAAACUAAGAUGUGAAGAGAUUUUUUUUUUAAGUUAGGGAAGCAAUUUCAUUUCAGAGACUUGAAAUUGUAAAAGAGAAGAACACAAAUUUGAUAAGGUAUUUAUGUUAAACAGAGGAGGAACAAGCAAAGGUUUAAGGGUUUUGAACUAGCAUGUACUGAGAGUUUUGCUCUGAUUUUGUAAGCCAUGGGAAAAAUGACCCUAAUUUUAUUUUAAUUUUUUUUCCCAUUCUGUUGUGGUAAGGAGGGAGACUACAGCAAACGACACAUCGUAAAACUCAUGUUUAGUACGUAAUUAAACUUCAAAUUUAGUUUCAGGGUUUUCAUUUGAACUUCUGUAUCCGAAACCAUGUUUGUUGGUCUUUUUAUGUGUCAACCCUAAAUUUCCCCCUUGUAAUCUAUGAUUAUAUACUAAUCAUCCAAACCCUACUACUAUUAUAGCUAUUAUGUAUUUUUAUUUCAGCAGGUUUUGUUUGUU